AGUAAGAUGCACUCAUCUUUUCUCCACUUUCUACUAGUAUCUCAUAUUUUCUUCUCUUUCACUUCUCCAGUACUCUCUGCCUCUGCUCUUUUGCCAAGCUCUUCAACCUCUAAUGGAAGAGAUUAAAAUCUCUUACCACUAACUCUUUCUAACUUCUUCUAAUUUGUAUUGAUUUCUGAUCUGGGUUUUCAUUUGUUCACCCUCAGAUCAUAGCUUUAACCGCUUGUUUAUAGUAUUAACUUCUCCACUUCCCCUGGCGUUGAGUCUAUUGUAACAAACAAACCAAUCUGAUUUAUGGGUAUCCUUUAGUUUCUUGAUUGGUAUUACUGGAUUUAUUGAAAUGGGCUCUGUCUUGGAGAUGCAAAUGAUGGCCGUUUCAUGUCAGAAACCUUUGUCUCUGGUUUGAAAAUUUAUUGGACAAGGUUUUCAGAUUAUGGGUAGAGGUAGAGGAAAGGGGAAGAAACGGACCGCUAUCGCUACUCGUGAAGAUCAAGCCAGUGGUGAGGAAGAAAAGGUCCCGUCGUAUAGGAAAAGAGGAAGGCCACAGAAAACACCAAAGGAUGAAAUUGAGGAAGAAGAAGAAGUUGCGAAGAUAGAAGAAAAGGAAGAAGAUGGUGAUAAGAAGAGCUCAACCUCUGACAACGAUGUAAAAAAUCUGGCUGCUCCAGAGAAUGGGAGGAAGAGAAAGAGGUCUUCAAAGGCGAAGGAAAAUCCAGAUUCCGUCAAAGAGGAAAAUAGCGUUGGAAUGAAAAAUGGUACUGAUAAUUUAGUCAAGUCUGUUGGAUUCAGACAAAAUGGGAGCAGGCGGAAAAACAAGCCUCGGCGAGCUGCUGAAGUUGGUGUGGAGUGCUAAGCAAUGGGACUCUUAAGUCUUAAGUCUAACCUGUCUUUUUGUCUGUCAGCAGAUGAAUCCAUCCGUAUUUGAGAGCAAGGUUUUGCCAGUUCAUAUAUGUUUAAUUAUGUCUCUUUUUUUCUUUUUUUCUUUGGUUUUUGGGUUUUGGUAAUGUCCAAAUGCCGUUUUCUUGCUGAUGUGAGGUCGUCUUCAAAAUAUGAAGUGGAUUAUCAUGCUGCAAUCGUCCCUGAAGCAGUCGAAAUUGGAUAUGUUGGAUGAUUUUUUGGUUAUUCAGUAAUCAGAAGCUUCUCUGUCUUUA